CUAUAGAAAUUAUAUUUAAGGAUCCAUCAUUCUUCUCCCUUGUCUCUCACUUUUAUUCCAAUGGCUACUAUAACUUCAAACUUCACCAAUGUCAAAUCCACCGUUCAUUUUCCAUGCAUAUCAAAUCAACACCGUUCCCACUUACACCUCAAGAAGCCCACCACCGUCAGAAUGUCUAUGACGCAACAAACUCGCAACUCACAUCCUUAUUGGGCUUCCAUGCAGGCCGACAUCGAAGCCCAUAUCAAACAAUUCUUCACAAUCAAAGAACCUCUCGAAGUUUUCGAGCCCAUUCAUCACUUCAUUUUUUCUGCCCCGAAAACCACCGUGCCGACUUUAUGCCUCGCCGCAUGCGAGCUUGUUGGCGGUGAACGUCACCAAGCUAUAUCCGCCGCUUCAGCUUUGUUACUAAUGGAGGCAGCUACUUAUACUCACGAGCAUCUUCCACUUACAGAUAAGCCCAAGCCCAAGCCCAAGCCCGAGUCUGAGAUGAAGCAUGUUUACGGGCCUAGCAUGGAGCUUCUAUCUUUCGAAGCAAUAGUCCCGUUUGGAUUUGAACUGUUAGCUAGAUCCGACUAUGGAGAAAAUUCGGAGAAGAUCUUGCGGGUGAUGAUUGAGAUUUCACGGGCUGUGGGUUCAGAAGGGGUGAUAGAUGCGCAGUACAGGAAAACGAUGGGUAGUAGAUCGGACGGGGAGGAGAUGCGCCACGUGGAAGAGAUGAGGCGCGUGGUGGAGAAAUAUGAAGGUGGGUUGCAUUCGUGUGGGGCAGUAUGUGGAGGGGUGUUGGGUGGGGGAAGUGAAGAGGAAAUUGAGAGAUUGAGGAAAUUUGGGUUAUAUGUUGGAAUGAUUCAAGGAAUGGUAAAAAGGGGAUUCAAUGAAAGUAAAGAAGUGGAUGAGGCAAGAGAUUUGGCCAUUCAGGAAUUGGAGUUUUUUAAGGAUAAAGAAGUUGAUGCAAUUAAAACUUUCUUGAAUAUUUAAAUCUCUUGAUUAUAUAAAAUAUAAAAUAAUAAUAUUAUCAAAAUAAGUGACUUCAUAUGUUACAA